AAAAGCAACACAAUGGUGUUAAUAAUGAAGAUGAAACAAGUAAAGAAUCUGUAUCUUCAGGUAGUAAUAAUAGUAGUAGCAGUUCAGUCGGUGGACUUUUUCGUCGUCCUAUACAACCUACUAGACCACAAAAUUCUUCCGCUUCAAUAAAAAGUGAAGAUAGUGGCAGUAAAGUAGACAUUACUUUAUUCGAGAACGAAGACGACGAAGUAAAAAUUGAAGAUCAUAAAGAAAAUUUUGAAAUAGAAGGCCUUCCGGAAGAAAUAAUUGAAAAGUUAGCUAAGCUAAAGAAAUAUGAAACAAAAUUUCCAGAACUUGUAAGAUUAUACAAGAAACUGCUUAAUGAAAAAAAAACAGUCGAAGCUGUAUUAAGGGAAAAUACCCUUUUAGAAGGACUUUCUGACGUGGAAGCACUUGAUGCGCAUUUAAAGAAUUUAAAUAUUAAGAACAAUAUGUCAAUGGAAGAAAUAAAAAGAUUAACUCAGAUCCAAGACGAAUCCAAAAAACAAAUUGAGAAAAUGAAGGAAACUCAUAAUAUUGAAUCCAAAUCACAAUCAGACCUGAUCGAUAACUUACAGAGAAAAUUGCAAGAACAAGAAAAGAAAGUUGAAGAGUUGCGUAAACAAUUAUCCGAAAAACCUUCAUCACCGUCUACAUUUCAAGAAAUUGAUAGCAAUAAGGAUGAUUCAGCAAAUUUAAAUAAAAAUGUUGAAGAAAGUUCUCAGGAAGAAGUUGCACUAGAAGCAUCUUCCUCUUCUUUAUCGGUAGAUUCACAAACGUCAAAAUUAAUAAGAUUAGAAUAUGAAACUGAAAUGAUUUCUUUACAAAAACAAUUGGAAGAAAAGUUAGAAUCUUUAGAAUCAUCAAACCUAGAAGAUGAAAUUAUUAAAAAAGUAGAUCCUUUAAAUCAAAAAAUCCAACAAUUAGAAUCUGAAAAAUCUUCAUUAAUUGAAUGUAACACAAAAUUUUCUAACGAAAUUUCACAAUUAAAUAAAAACAUUGAAACCUCAACGAAAACACAAAUAGAUAAUGAAAAAAAGUUAAAAAUAGAGUUUGAACAAAAAAUUUCUCAACUUGAAAAUACUUACUUAGCCGAAAAAUCAAAAUUAGAACAAACAAUUGAAGGGUUAACUAAUAAAAAUAAAAGUAUUAAAAACGAAUUAGAAAUAACUUUAAAGGAAACUCAAGAUUUAACAGAACAACAUCGGAUGGCAUUAGAUACAAAAAUUAAAGGAUUUGAAAAUGAAAGGGAUUUGAUAACAAAACAGUUUGAUAAGAAAUUGGAAAGUGCAAAAUUGGAAAUUGCAAAAGAAAAGGCUCUUCUUGAAGAUCAGCUUAAAGCUGUUACUGAAAAAGAAGGAAUUGCUGCACCUCAACAAGGAGAGGUUGCACCUGAUAAUGAAGAUUGGGAAACCAAAAGGCUUCAAUUUGAGUUGCAGAUAAAUUCAUUGCAACAAGAAAUUGAACAAUUGAAACAAGGAAAUGAUUCAAAUAAACCUUCUCCUUCAACAGAAAUUCUACCGAUACAAGAUCAAGAGCAGGCACAAAAUAAGGAUGCUGAUGAAAACCAACCAGAUAGAGCCCCUAUAAAUACAGAAUAUGAUGCUAUAACAAAAGAGAAGGAUCAAUUGGUUGUUAAAGUUCAUGGGUUGAUCGAAGAAUUAAAUUUAAGUACAAUUCGAUCACAAUUGAAUUCAGCAAAUGAAUCAAUCUUGAAACUUGAACAAACAAGAAAUGAAUAUCGUGACAAAAUCGUUAAUAUUGAAAAUGCGAAAGGUAAUUUACAAAAAAAUUUAGAUAAUACAAUUACAGAGCGAGAAAAUUUAUCGAGGGAGCGAGAUGAACUGAAAUCAAAGUAUACUGUAUUUAGUGAACAACAUGAUGCAUUGAAAUCUGAUUCGACUAAUAUGAACAAAAAACUUGCAGAAUUGGAAAAUCGGAUUAAUGAAUUAACAAAAGAACGUGAUGAACUCGGUACAUCCAAAGAAAAUCUAAUUAGAGAUUUGGAAAUUGUUCAAAAGAAAGCAAAUGAUUUUCGUGCGAAAACAGAUGAUGAGAUGGAAACGAUGAAAAGUAAAUUAGAAAUAACCGAUAAGAAUUAUGCUUUACUCGUAUCGGAUGUUUCUAGACUUCAUGUGGCUAAAACGGAUGCUCUUGAAAAAUUAUCCGACGUUGAAUCUAGAUUGAAAUCUUUGACACAACGCGAACGAGACGUUCAAGAAUCUUUAACUGAAGCGAAAUCAACGAUUCAAAAACGUGAUAAUGAAAUUGAGGACUUGAAAAAGCAACAACUAGAAGAAGAAGAUAAACGUAAUAAAUCUCUUGGUUUACUAAAAAAGACCCAACAAAAAAUAAACAUUUUAGAAAAAGAGAAAAAAGAUUUAAGCGAUGAAGUUGAACGUCUUAUAGAAGCUGCUCGAAUUGCAGAACAAAAUGCUAGUUCAAAUUUGAAACAAGAAAUUACACGUUUUAAUAAGGAGUUAACCACAAAAUCAACACAAAUUACACAACUUGAAACUCUUAACGAAAAAUUAACGACAGAAAAAGAAAAAUUAUUUGAUCAAUUACAAGUAAGGCAAGCAGAAUUUGAAUCUUCACAGUCUUUACUGGAAAAUUUAAAGCAUCGUUCUGCCGAACUUACUCAUCAAUUAAAAGAAUUUGAGGAGAGAUCACUAACUUUGGAAGAAGAAUUAACGUCAUUGAAACGUCUUUAUAAAAAUAAGAGUCGUGAAAAUGAAACAUUACAUAUUAAAGUCGAGGAAUUAGAUAAAGAAGCAAUGGAAAAAGUUGGUUCUUUAAGGAAACAAGUUGAAACUUAUAGGCGGGGGAAAGAAAAAGCCGAAUUGGAUUUAAUAGAGGUCAAACGAACGAUUAAUUCUCAAAUACAAGAUAUGGCCAAUCAACUAACUGCAAAAGACCAAGCGACAAAACGGCUUGAAAAUCAAUUAGAGGAAAAGGACAAUUCUAUAAAGUCAAUUCAACAAGAAAAUCAUUCAUUAAAACAAGGAAUAUUAGAUAUUGAAGUAAAAAUGAGCAACCUUUCUUCUAAAGUUUCAAAUGCAGACGAAAAAUCUGCCAAUUACCGUGAAUUAGAACAUUCGAAAGAAAGAAUUAAAGAAGAAUACGAGAAAAUGUUGGAAGAAUCUCGUUUACGUGAAAGCACUUUAAGAACAAUGAAUAAGACUUUGCAAGAAGAAGUCAGAAAACUUCAUAAAAUGUUAGAUCGAACUGCACCGAAUUCACCACAAUCUCCUCGAAAUCCUUCAGCUUCCACAUCAUCGUUUAAUAAUAGUUUAAUGGAUGAUGAUACGAAAAUACUUUACAUUAGAGAUGUGAUAUUAAAAUUCUUGGAAUAUAAGGAUCGCAGAAAAUCUUUACUUCCGGUUUUAACAACUGUGCUUCAAUUGUCAGAUCAAGAAAAGAGAAAACUAGAAUCGAU